UUUGCAUUUGCAUUUUCUCCACCACCAAUCCAAUCAUUAGGUCGUGUAUUUUCACCUCCUCAACUUCUUUUUGUACUGGCAUUGGUUUCUAGACCGUACUCAACCAAUCCUUACCUGCCGCCAGCAAUGGCCCAAGGCGCAGAUGAUCCAACGCAGGUCCCGGACGCCGAGGUCGGCGAGCGGUCACCGCUUCUUGCGCCGCCCGGCGAUGGCGUGACCGACGGCGCCGCCAUGGCAACAACGGCGUUCCGCGCCACCAGCCAGCGCCUGUACGCGUCGCACUUUCUGUCCACGUGGAACUCGCGUGUUUUUGAGUUCGGAAGCGUCCUUUACCUGGCCGCGCUCUUCCCGGGCACGCUCCUGCCGCUGUCCAUUUACGCCUUGGCCCGCGGCAUCGCCGCCAUCCUGUUCGCCCCCGCCGUCGGCCACUUUGUCGACCGCGCCGCCCGUCUGCGCGUUGUGCGACUGUCUAUCGUCUUGGAGCGCUUGGCUGUGGCCUCUUCUUGUGCAAUCUUCUACAUUCUUGGUAGCAGAGCGAUAGACCUCGACACUGGCGCCCGCUAUGGCCUGCUGGCUUUGCUCUGCCUUCUUGCCUGCGUGGAGAAACUCUCGGCAGUCAUGAACUUUAUUGCGGUCGAAAGGGACUGGGUCCCCGUCAUCGCAGGAACCUCUGUAGAAACUAAGCUUGUCCUGAACUCGCGCAUGAGGAGAAUCGACAUCUUUUGCAAACUGGCAGGCCCAGUAUUUAUAGCCUUCAUCGAUGGGGCGUCCACAAGGGCUGCUAUUGUUGCCAACUUUGCCAUGAAUUUGGUCUCGAUCCCUGUCGAGUACCUCAACAUUUCCAAGGUCUACUACGAAGUGCCAAAUCUGCAAAUCCCCAAGAUCAUUCACUCCCCUCCUGCCGACUUGCUCGGACCGGUAGAUGAGAACCCCGCUCCCGAACGGUCCCUGCGGAAAGCCCAAGUCGCGGUGCGCAAGAGCGUCCAGGACUUUUCCUUCUAUCUCUCCCAUCCAGCAUUCCUGCCAUCAUUUGCCCAGUCCAUGGCUUAUUUUACUGUUCUCUCCUUCUCCGGACGCAUGAUCGCCUACCUUCUUUCCUCGGGCUUUACCUCCACCGCCAUCGGCACGUCCCGCGCGGCCUCGGUCGCAUUCGAGUUUUGUGCCACAUGGGCGGCUCCUUGGCUGGCACAUCGCAUCGGUCCCGUUAGGGCAGGCCUUUGGUUUGUGUCUUGGCAGCUCGGCUGGCUCAUCCUCGGGGUUACAGGGUUUUGGCUGCUUGCAGGGCUGCAGAGCAGUUGUGCGCCUGUUGCCUCUGCAGCUGCACUCGUGGUUUCUACCAUUCUGAGCCGCAUUGGGAUCAUCGGCUUUGAUCUGUGUACGCAAACUGUGGUGCAAGAGGAAGUCGAAGAGGAGCACCGCGGUGUUUUCUCAUCCGUUGAGUCGGCCUUCAACAGUGGCUUCGAGAUAUUGUCCUACGUCGCCACCAUGGUCUUCUCGCGCCCGGACCAGUUCCGCUGGCCAGCCUUGUUCAGUGCCAUUGGGAUCGCCUUCGCUUGGGCACUGCAGGCUACCUUUGUCCGCCGCCGUCGUGGCCAUCUGCUGCACUUGAACCUGGCGGCCAUGAUGGAGAAGCGCCCCAGCCGCAGUCAUGCGUCUUCGCUGGAGCGUGAGAACCAGGCUCUUCUCGGUAUUUCGGGCCGCGGCGGGAGCAGAGGGGAUGGAACCUCUCCGACUAGGGACUAGUUAUUUCGAACGAUCUUCCAUGAGGGCGAAACCGACAAGGCCAAGAAAUGAUGUGAUCUUGGGGGAAAAGCUGCUACAGCGUUGCCGCGUCAUUAAGCUAAUAUUUUUAUGGAGUAGCGCAAUUGUGUAUGGAUCUGACCGGCGUUUGCCCACGCUCGGAGAACGACGUCGAAAAGCUGUUAUUAUAUACCGAAAUCCAGGGCUACCUGGCCACCUUCCCUAGCGGCCUGUUGGGCACUUGCAGUCGAGCGAG